CGGCGGGACAACUCGGGCGACUUGUUCUCCUCCCGCAGCCCAGCAGCUGCACGUCUUCCACCGGGACACGGCAGGAAGCAAGACGCCCGGAGGGAGGGAGGGGGACGCCGCCGGACUCAGGACCAGGACCCCCGAGCACAUCCAGUGAGCCAGAGGGCGACGGACCAUGUCCUUCAGCCCCAAGCACUCCACCCCCUUCUCAGUCUCGGACAUCUUGAGCCCCAUGGAGGACAUCAGCUACCGGCGGUUCGGAGGCAUGGACCCCGCCGCGGGGAGCCUCGGGCCGCCGCUGCACGGCGCCUACAGGCAGCCGCAGGUCUCCCAGCCCGGUACGCAGCAUCAGCAUCAACCGCAGCAGCAUCACCAUCACCACCACCAUCACCAUCACCACCUGUCCUCCUCCUCCUCAUCCCCAUCCUCCUCCUCUUCCUCAGCCUCGGCAGCCGCGCUGGGACCCGGCGGGCCCUACCACGUGCCCCACGGGGUGCCGCAGUUCUCCGGGGCCGUCGGCGGCUUCUGCAACGGCGGCAUCGGCAACGUGGGCGAGCUGCCGUCCUACCAGGACACGGUGCGGGGCGGCGGAGCGGCGGCGGCGGCGUGGUACAGCAACCCGGAGCCGAGGUACCCGACAAUCUCCAGAUUCAUGGGCCCGUCCGGCGGAAUGAACAUGUCCGGGAUGGUGGGGGGUCUGUCCGGGAUCGACCACUCGGCCAAGUCGGUGGCGGCGCUGCAUGCGGCGGCGGCGGCGCCGCGCAGGAAGCGACGCGUGCUCUUCUCGCAGGCGCAGGUGUUCGAGCUGGAGCGACGCUUCAAGCAGCAGAAGUACCUGUCGGCGCCGGAGCGGGAGCACCUGGCCGGGCUCAUCCACCUCAGCCCCAACCAGGUCAAGAUCUGGUUCCAGAACCACCGGUACAAACUCAAGCGGCAGGCCAAGGACAAGACCGCGCAGCCGCCGCAGCAGGACGCAGGCGGCGGCCUUGGCGCAGCGACCCGCCGCUCCUCCUCCUCCGUGUCCCCGGUCCUCUCCAAGAACGGUAAGAGCUGCUGCACCGACUCCGACCACAUCAUCACCGGGACCCGACAGCGCAGCUCGGGGGAGGCCGUCACGGAGACCGCCCCCCCGCAGCUGGAGGAGCUGGAGGACUUGUCGCCCAGUCCGCCGAUGGGUCUGCACGGCCACGUCCACAUGACGCAGACGGACGCGGCGCUCAUCGAGUACACCAACAGCAUGAUCGGCUCCAAUCUACUGUACGGGAGGACGUGGUAGGGGGACCCGGGGGCGGGACCGGGACCGGGACCGGGCCGGUGAGGAACAUUUACCGGGUUGGAUUCAUGUUGGAGGAACCGAACUUUGACUUUCUUUCCCCGCGCGUGCGUAAAGUUCUGGUUCUUUUACGCGGACACGGACAAUAAACUGUAGAUCAGAACCUCGUCUGAAUCAUGAUCUGUCAAUUAUUUUCUUAUUUGUUUAGUCUUUUUUAUUUUUUCUGCUGCAUUAUAAGAUCAUAAAAACUGAUCCGAGCAGAUUCCCGGAUGAAGGCACGUGGUCCACUUCCGUUUUUACAGCGUCAAGUAAAUUAUUGCAGGUUUUAUAAAUAAAUAUAUAUGAAGUUGAUGAAAAAAACCCUUCAGGGAUGUUUCUGCAUUUCUGAAUCAGACGGAAGUUGAGAAACAUUUUUUCCAGUCGGCAAAAUGUCUUUGUUGCAGCUGAUUUUGUUCCCAGUCUCUUGAAUAAAUGAUAUUUUCAUUUGGGA